AGCUACGUCAUCGGGGCAGAUUUGUGUGGAGAAUAAGCAGCAGCAGACAAGCUAGAAGGAAAAGAAUCCUUCCGAGUGGUGCGGCUCUUUUUUCUUUGAGGCCCUCUCUUCCUCCUUUCUCGCAUUUGCGUGUCUUUUCCAAGAGUGAGGAACAGGGCGUCUGUUCGAACACAUCCGAGACGCAAAUGCCCGGUCCCACCCAAGCCCUUUCCCCAAAUGGAGAGAAUAACAACGACAUCGUCCCGGACAAUGGCACUAACAUCAUUCCUUUCAGGAAGAAUACAGUGCGAGGCGAGCGAGCCUUCAGUUGGGGGAUGGCGGUCAACGUGUACUCUACCUCAAUAACCCAGGAGACUAUGAGCAGGCAUGACAUCACUGCCUGGGUCAACGACAUCCUCUGCCUAAACUACACGAAAGUGGAGCAGCUCUCCUCAGGAGCAGCCUAUUGCCAGUUCAUGGAUCUUCUCUUUCCUGGCUGCAUCAGUCUUAAGAAGGUCAAGUUUCAAGCUAAACUGGAGCACGAGUACAUUCAUAAUUUCAAAGUGUUGCAAGCGGCCUUCAAAAGAAUCAAAGUGGACAAGAUCAUCCCUGUGGAGAAACUGGUAAAAGGCCGAUUUCAAGACAAUCUGGAUUUCAUCCAGUGGUUCAAGAAAUUUUUUGAUGCCAAUUACGACGGCAAAGAGUACGACCCGGUGGAAGCCAGACAGGGUCAAGAUGCUAUCCCCCCUCCUGACCCCGGCGAGCAGAUCUUCAAUUUGCCCAAAAAGUCCCACCAUGCCGCCAGCUCCCCCACCGCAGGAGCAUCAAGGUCGAGCUCGACAACCCCAAAGUGUGCGACACCAACUUCCAGACCAUCCUCAGCCAAAAAACUCCUUGCGGCAUCCACUCCUGCAAAAGGAGAGAAAGAAUUGGAGGUGCAGGUCACGCAACUUACUGACCAGGUGAACACAUUAAAAGUGGCACUGGAAGGAGUGGAGAAGGAGCGGGACUACUACUUCAGCAAACUGCGAGAGGUGGAGCUCCUGUGUCAGGAGCAGGGUGAGGAAAAUGCCCUUUUUGUGGAACGGCUAAUGGAAGUGCUCUACGCUUCAGACGAUCAGGAGAGAGCUGAGGACCUGGCUGAAGGAGAUGGACCAGAUUUGGACCAGGAAGGUCAAGAGGAGGGGCCAGAUGAUCAGCAGCAGGAGGAGGAACAGGACGAAUACUGAUUUCCCCCGUCAUCGGUUACACUCUUAUUUAAUAAUAUGUGAGAACUCUUCAAAGGAUUUUUCUCCCAUGGUUGAAUUUUUCGUUCUCUCAGAGACUAAGCAUAUAGAAACGAGCUGCCGAAAAAGAAUCACCUUUUCUUUUUGUACUCUUUUGUAUCCCUCCACUCACCAUUCAAUGUGUUUGUGACUUUUUUUCUGGUCACAACCUCCGACAGCAUACAAACUCAGACCAUCACAAAGACUGUCAGUGCAAACCUUCUGCUAGAUGUGACGACAUGCUGAAGUUCUAGACCGGUGCAAGUGUUAGCUUCCCCGCUUCCGUCCCUUUUUCAUAUUAUUUUUGUUUGUUAUUUUUUAUACUGCAUAUCCCUCAUGUUAAUCACAAGACCGCAAUAAGAAAAGGCCCUGAGUGGGCUCGCCGUAGCUCUCAUCGAACCUCCUUUUCUACGUGUUGCACUGACAUUUUGAGUGUAUUGGACAAUCUGUCCAGAGACCCUCACCAUAUUUAUUAUCAUUAUUGAGCCUUAGGAAUAGAUUCUCCAUUGCGUCCUUAUGAAGACAAUGCAGACAUUUUAAUUGUGAAUCAAUUGUAGUACAAUGACAUUGUAUCGCUGUUUAAUUGCUCACAACUAGUAAGUGUUUGAGGAUACGUCACAUCAACCACAACGGUUUCAUUAUGAAUAUGCCAUGACCAUUAAGAAGGAUGAUGCAAUCUUUACUUUUCGGAAGUCUUAGCAAUGCAACAUUUUAAGUUCAGCAGGAGCUUGUGUUCUGUUUUGAUUUUUAGUGGUUAGUUUCUGGUGUUAACGAGUCGGUUCACUGAGCAUUUUGUCAUGCUAUAUU